UUAUAAGGUCUUAGGUUCGUCCUCAUAUAUUUAAUGUUCCACACAUUCGAAACAGGUCUAGCUCUUAUUCACCUUAGACAUCGUGUGGCAAUCUAUACUUGCUUUCGUUUAGAGUCUGGCCUUGUUAGCUUUCAUACGCUCCCAACGUCGAUACAACGGUCGCUACAAUUGUUCUUUGUGAUCGGUAGUUACUGGUUACGUAUAAACUGUUGUCCAUUUCUUUCAUUUCACAAAUUCUACAGUAAACUGACGUCUAGACUAUGUAAAAUUAGCCCCAAUACCAACCUUGCAACGCUUUACCCCUUUACGUAAGUUGCUCUUGAGUGCCUAGACCAUUGGCAUUCUAGUCAAGACCCUGUGGUCGAGUUUAGUAAUGGAAGCACGCUAGAGGUCGUUCCUAACAAAUGGUGAAAAAGUAGUCGGGAGUGGCUUUAGAUCCUGCCGCAUGUAUGCGGAAGUGAUUAAAUUGGUAUUUGAUAAAUUUAUGCUAUAGAAUUCGCAUAAGAGUAUAGAAUUUACAUUGUAAGCUACCGCCGUCUGUUAUUUGGCCCUUCUACUACAUCGUUGUUCCGUCGCAGAUACAAGUAGUGAUGAUUGUGGCGGACUAUGGUGUUCUAGAUUAGUGGUUGCUGCGACAACGACAAUGCCGUUCUAGAACAGCAUCUUGAACAUUACUUCUUCAGGACGACAACAAUAUCAACGUCGAAUCUAUGCGAUGGCGUCCAAACAAGUCAGCUUCACGGCCUCCAGAUCCGCCGGAUCAUACACGAGUCUUCGCCAAAAACUUCGGGCAAUGAGGUGUCAAUCCGCUGUGUCCUCGGCUCGGAGACCGAAGAAGGGCGAGGAGCCGACAAUCGCCUUCGUCCUUGACGACCAUCUACAGGAGCUGCAAGCAGGCGCACAGAGCUUUUGGAAAGAGGACUUCUUCCGGGACGCGUGUGUGAUUGUAGAAGACAAGAGUUUCUUGGCGCACAGGUUGGUUUUGGCGGCGUAUAGUACCUACUUCCGUGAUAUCUUCAUGAUGGACCAUGAACCGAAUGACGACGGCAUGUUCGAGAUCUCUCUGUCUGGUGUCCAGGCCAAAGUGGCGGACAACGUGAUACAGUCCAUGUACACGUCCAAGCUCAACCUCAGUAGCACCAACGUGUUCGACGUUUUGGAGCUGGCCGAUGGUUUGAAGUACACAGUAGCCGUACAGGCCUGUACCAAGUACUUGAAAGAGAAUUUGAACAAGGAGAACUGCCUGAGAACCAUGUCCUUGGCUAUCAGUUAUCACCUGGAUGACUUGAAAGAGGAUUCAGGAAAGUUUGCUGCAGCCCGAUUUGAGGAGGUAAAGCACACGGCAGGGUUCAUGGCUCUGGAGUGGUUCACACUGCGUGACUUCAUCGCCAGAGACGACCUGCGCGCCACACGAGAACUGCAGGUGUUCCAGGCGGUGGUGGCCUGGCUACAGAAGGACAAGACCAAACGGCAAAAAUGGGCGGUCCGUCUGAUGGAGAACGUGCGCUUCCCUCUCAUGACACCUAACGAGGUGGUGGACAGCGUAGAGUCCGUGGGCUUUCUCAUGUCUGUUCCGGAGUUCCAGGACCUGGUGAAGGAGGCAACGCACUACCACCUGACUCCCUUACGGCAGAGCAUUCUCCAGUCACCGAGGACAAACCCGCGGUCGUCCGUUCGACUGCCAGCGGUCCUCGGCAUCGGCGGUACCGGAAAUAACGGCGGGUCCAUCAUGUGUUUCACUCCGGCGAGUGGAAAGUGGAGGACUUUCACCAAGAUGGACACAGUGCCAAGACAUCACCACGCUGUUGCCGUUCUGGGAGGCUUUGUGUACAUUGUUGGUGGAGAAGAGAUGGGGAGAAGCAAGUCUGUCCUGCGCACGGCAUGUCGGUACGACCCCCGUACCGGGGAAUGGUUAACCGUAGCCAGCAUGAACAGGUGCAGACUGAGCUUCCAGAUAGGUGUGCUGGACGACUUCCUUUACGCAGUAGGUGGUAGAGUUAGUAACGAGGAGAGCCUGUGUAACGUGGAGCGGUACAACCCUCAGGUAGACCGGUGGGAGGACGUGGCUUCCAUCAGUACCCCGCGGAGACUGGUUGCCGUGGCAACUCACAACCAUCGCCUGUACGCCAUGGGCGGGUCAAGUCACAACAGAAUCUCCAACAAGUUAGAACGGUACAACCACGUCAACAACCACUGGGAACAGAAGCGCCCCCUACUCACCUGCCGCUUCUCAGCAUCACUGCACCCUGUGGGCGGCCGGCUGUACCUGGUGGGAGGUAUGACUGUGGUUAAUGGUCAUUCUAUGGCGGGGAUGAAGGUAGUGGACAGCUACAACCCCAACCUGGACCAGUGGACGAGACUGGCCCCCAUGUCUGUACCCCGGGGUGAGGCCGGUUGUGCUACGCUGGACGGGAAGAUAUACGUUGUCGGUGGUUACGACUGGAGCGCCAACAAGUACCUAGACCAGGUGGAAUGUUACGAUGUACAAACAGACGAGUGGAGCGCGGUUGCGUCAUAUCCUAACCGGGGCGCUGGCAUAGCCUGCUGCUCCACCAUCCUCCUCAGGCUGCCCGAGGGUAGUGAUGAGUCCGACGGAACGUCCAUAGCCAGCACCGCCGCCACGGUGCCCAGCACCACCGGUACGGCACCCAGCACCGCCGACACAGUAAAUCCGGUAGGACGGUCUGUAGAGGAUUCUCACAUGUCUCCAUCCAAGGCGCGCGAGUCCUUGAGAAGCGCAGCCGUUUCAAGAAGUCGUCGAGAGCUCGAGGCCGAGGCGAGAGGGAAACUGAAAAGACUCUCUUCUAAACACAAAAUGGAGGAGGAAGCAGGAAACUGUACAGAGGAGGGGGAGGUCAGGAAAAAUAGUAGUUUAGCACAGAUAGCGGCAAAAUCAAACAGCUUAUCAGCAAUUACAGAAAGGGUAGGGGAAUAAAAACAUCUCAUCAUUCAUGUAGUACGUAAACUUUCUUAAAGGUAUACAUUUGUGUCCAGAUAUUAGAAUGUGUUACGGACAAAACGACACAAGAUACGAAUCUUAUUUAUCCAUGUCUACAUACUCAAAGUUAUGUCUACGUUGUGCAUUGUCAUUGUCAAGUAGCGUUGUAUAUGAUCACAAAGGGCGACAAAGAAGGAUACAAUCAAUCUAGUUUCUCCGCUCUUUUUAUCAUAACACGAAUUUAGAUUUGUCGAUACAUGUACAUGUACAUUUUGCAUAUAAAUCUUACAUAAAAUGCAGGGUAUCAUUCCGCGGACGUUACUGUUGCUGACACUUAAAGCGAAUGCCAUGGACACUUAUUUAUUCGUAUCAAUCUCUUUGUUCAAUACAAUGUCAGCUAGAUUUGAUCGAGGCUGACGCAAUGG